AUGUCAAGCCGGACUCGGCAUAGAUACACAUUUAUAGCAUCAUAUGCAACGGAAGCAGCUGCUGGUGGCGCUCCCGUUGAACCAAAAAUUAAAUUGCCUGCACCAGGAGGAAGUAACACUGUAGAUGCCAAGAUAUCCAAGAUUGCAGAUGAUAUCUCAUCACUCACGCUAAUGGAAGUUUCACAAUUACUUCAAUUAUUAAAGACUCGCUUAAACAUACAGGAUGUUGCAAUGCCUUUACCAAGCAUGGUAGCUCCUGCUGCCCCGACAGACGCUGGGGCCCCCGCUGCUGAGGAGGAGAAGGCACCCGAGAAGACGGAAUUCAAAGUCAAGCUGGAGAAAUUUGAUCCGGCUUCGAAGACGAAAGUAAUCAGGGAGAUGAAGAACAUAUUACCAGGAAUGAACUUAGUAGAGGCCAAGAAAUUCGUUGAAAGUGCACCAAAAGUUAUUAAAGAAAGCGCAAAUAAAGAAGAAGCAGAGAAGAUCAAAUCGACACUGGAAGCACUUGGCGCAACCGUUGUAUUGGAGUAA